ACCAAUACAAUGCAGCCAGCCAAAGACCAGCCAUGGUGAAAGAAAACCGAACGCUCCUCACUAUUCCAUCACGCGCCAUCUAGAGCGCGUGUCACCACAUUCACCUCUAUUACGCUAUAGUAAUAAACUAUAACCCUUUUUUUCUCUUUCUCUAUCGAAAUCACAACAACAACAACAACAACAUAAACUAACAACAACCACCGAAUUUGUGUUGUGUUGUGUUUUGUUGUUUCAGAUUCACAAUCUUAAAACCCUUGAUUCUUCCUUCCUCAUUCUCCUUUAGGUUUUUGAAUUAUCCGAGAGCCCCCGAUGAAGCUUCAAAGACUGCAGAACUCUUUCACAAGUUUCUAAAAUCCAGUCGAAAAAGGAACUUCUUCGAACCUGUUUCGAUAAAGUAAAGAAGAAAGGUUUCUUCAAAAUAGCAGGAUGACUGUAAAGAAACAGGACUCGAAAAAAGUUUCUGGCCUCGGCAAUCAAUCUUCAAGGAAGCUACAUCGCAAAGGAGAGAACCCUAUUCGAUUCGUACCAGCUGCUGACCCUCCUCCUCCUGAUAACGGACAUUCAAACUCGUGGAUCUGUAAAAACUCCGCUUGCAGGGCAGUUUUAUCCAAAGAGGACACGUUCUGUAGAAGGUGCUCUUGCUGUAUUUGCCAUCUUUUCGAUGAUAACAAAGAUCCUAGUCUUUGGUUGGUAUGCAGCGAAUCUUCUCAAGGGGACUCGUGUGGAUUGUCUUGCCAUAUCGAGUGUGCUCUUCAACAUGAAAAAGUCGGAGUUGUUGAUCAUGGACAACUUAUGCAACUUGACGGUGGUUAUUGUUGUGCCUCCUGUGGUAAAGUUACCGGGAUACUCGGAUGUUGGAAGAAGCAGCUAAACAUAGCGAAAGAUGCUCGGCGUGUGGACAUACUAUGUUACAGGAUAUAUUUGAGCUACAGGCUUCUGAAUGGUACUGUGAAAUUUAAAGAAUUGCAUGACAUGGUACAAGAGGCAAAGGCUAAACUGGAAAAGGAAGUUGGUCCAGUUAACGGCGUUUCUUCCAAGAUGGCACGUGGCAUUGUCAGCAGACUUCCUAUUGCCAGUGACGUGCAGAAACUUUGUUCUCUUGCUAUCGAGAAAGCUAACGAGUGGUUGGCUACCGAUGACAAUCCCGAAUCCAAAGAGGGUUCGCUUCCUGCUGCAUGUAAGUUUGUGUUUGAAGAGAUAACAGCUUCCUCAGUCAAGAUCAUUUUACUUGAAAUGUCGAAUGUAACUUCCGAAGACAUUAAGGGGUUCAAGCUCUGGUAUUACAAGAGUAGGGUGGAAUCACACACACAAGAACCUGUUUGUGUGUUUCCAAAAGCUCAGAGGAGGAUUUUGAUAUCUAACCUCCAGCCUUGCACAGAAUAUACUUUUCGGAUCGUGUCUUAUACAGAUAUCAGUGACCUUGGUCAUUCGGAGGCUAAGUGUUUCACCAAAAGCAUUGAGAUAUUGGAAAAGAUUCCGACUCCAUCAAUUGACAUGAAUACUAAAAAGGAGAAUACUCAAUCUGGAGAAGGCAAUGAAUCGGGAUCCAAAAUAGAGCCUGAUUCUACGAUGGCAGACUCUGGAUUCAAGGUUCGAGACCUUGGAAAGAUUUUGCACCUUGCAUGGGCUCAAGAACAAGGUUGCAUUGAGGGGUUUUGUCGUUCAGAUACGAAAAACUGCUGUGGUCAAAAUGAAACGGUCAAGCCUAGCAACCCGGUAGAGCAGUCAGCGCCACCUUUGGUUUCUCGAGACCUUGAUCUCAAUGUUAGCUCUGUGCCUGACUUAAAUGAAGAACUCACUCCUCCUUUCGAGUCUUCUCGUGAUGAGGACAACUGUUGCACUUUGCAGCAGGCUGUUGAGGCAGAUGAUGACGCUGCUUCUCACGAUUUAGAGAAGAACCUAGCAAGACCACAUGGUAGCGGUGGCUCUGAAACAUGGAACCAUAAACCAGCCGGAGAAGUUCCGGCCGUUGACUCGCGCGUAGUCUUAGAAGCAAGUAGGAAAAGGGUAGCAAGCACAAAUGAAGAAACACAUGACUGUGACAGCACCUUAAUAAACAGUUCUCCUUUACACUUACCCGACGGAUCAUUCUCCUUAGACGAGAACUUCGAGUAUUGUGUUAAAGUAAUUCGUUGGCUCGAAUGUCAGGGUCAUAUCAAGCAAGAGUUUAGGCUGAAAUUGCUCACAUGGUUUAGUUUGAGGUCGACAGAACAAGAACGUAGGGUGGUUAAUACUUUCAUUCAGACACUGAUCGAUGAUCCUAGUAGUUUGGCAGGUCAACUAGUCGACUCGUUUUCUGACAUUAUAUCCAACAAGAGGCCCAGAAAUGGAUUCAGUAACAAGAUUGUGUCAUUAAAUUAAGAAGGGUGCGAGUGGAAUCUUGUUACACAAGAUAUCUAUUUGAUUCAAGAUUACUAGUACUACCAUUUUGAUUGUUUUUGCCUUUCAUUGUACAGGCAUUUUUUAUUACUCAUUGUGAUUCAUUAUUAUUAGGACAAGUUAAUUGCCCUGCUAAAAUUGGAUUCGCAUUGAUAUGGCAGCAGAGAGACACUGAAUCAUUUUUCCUUUGAAGGGAGAGGAUCUUUGGACUUGAAGUUUCAGGAUGUAGAAGGCAUUUUUCUAUUUAUCAAAUUAUUGCAAUUUAUUUUUUCAAUCAUGAUAUUUAAUCAUGGAGGAUAUUAAAUAUUUAGUGUUGAACUUUAUUGUUUACUUUCAUUUGACAAGCAACAUUAUAGUAUUGGUUUUUGUA